UGAACAGUUUACUCGUGUGCCCAUUAAAAGCGACGCCAUCUCGAAUUUCUCCGAGUAAAAUAAGCGUGACAACAUGCGGUCGCUGUCGAUUCUCCUCGGCCUGCUGGCCCUGGCCGUCUCCAGCGUUUACGGCACAGCAUUGACCUACAAACUCGGGGCCAGCGAGAAAGCCUGUUUCUUCACCAACGUCGAGCGACAGGAUGCCAAAGUCGCCUUUUACUUUGCGGUACAAUCGGGCGGCUCCUUCGACGUCGACUAUUCGGUAUAUGGUCCGAAUGACAAGAAAAUCAUGGAAGGGGAGAAAGAACGCCAGGGAGACUUCGUCUUUACGGCGCAGAACCCCGGCGAGUACUGCUUCUGCUUCAACAAUGAGAUGUCUACCUUUGCAGAUAAGAUGGUGGACUUUGAAGUUGCGGUCGAAGACGAAUCCAAAUCCGCUCUCCUACCUCAGAAGGCUGGCUCCUCGCCCGAACAACAUUCAGCGCUGGAAGAUAUGAUUUACAAGAUUAGUGGGCAAUUGAGCACGGUCAGCAGGAUGCAGAAAUAUUUCCGCACACGAGAGAACCGCAACUUCAGCACGGUCCGGAGUACGGAGCAGAGAAUCUUCAAUUUCAGUCUUAUCGAGGUGUGCAUGAUGGUGGGUAUGGCCGGCCUGCAAGUCUUGGUGGUCAGGUUCUUCUUCCAAGGAGCCCGGAAAGGAUAUGUAUGAACUUGAUGUGGUGGCUCACAGAGUUUGUAAUAGUAUGUUUAGACGAAAAGCACGAGACUCAAAAUUCAAUACACUCCUAAUAGCUUGAGGAGAACUCCAAACUCUUCAUGGCAGACACUUUUUGACACAGACGCCUGACUUACGAGUCAGUGAAGCGAAGCCUUCCGCAAGCUCAUUAUCGUUGAGGGAAUGCUCAGUGAUUUU